AUGAAGACGAUCAUCAAACUUUUAUUCUUCGACUGUUUUCUUGCGUUUUUUGCCUUAGAAUGUGGUGUGAGUGAAGAAUGCAACAAUCGAUGGCCUGGAGCGUUUUGUUUACGCGGUCGAUGUAAAUGUCCAGUUGACACAGUGCGAAAAACGAGUGACUCGCGUGGAUGGAUCUGUUUAGCCGUCAACGAUGCAGUGACUGGUGAUAUCGGAAGUCCGCUCACUUGUCCCCUUCCAAUCGGAGCCGGAUAUAAUGUGGUCAGGAGAAAUGGAUCGGUGCCUAUUCUGUGCUCAUCAAGAGUUAAAACGGAGAAGAGGUGUCCAAUAGGAUAUGAGUGCAUUUCUGGACAUGGAGUCGGACCACCACUUGAUGGAGCCUGUUGUCCGAAUCAGGAAACAUCAUGCCAACAACCAGUGUUCGAUCACGAGAGUGGACCGCUGAGUCGUUGGGGUUGGGAUGGGGAAAGCUGUGUGCAAUUCCGAUGGGAUCCACAACGACCAUCCACCGCCAACAACUUUUUAACCCGUGGGCAUUGUGAAAGCUAUUGCCUUCACGAUAUUUUCCUUUCA